UGGGCUGCUCCAAACCACUUCAGACACAUGUCAACGAAGAGCAACAACAAAUCAAGUGUCUUAUAAUAACAUCGAAAUUAGGUGGUUUUCUGAGGGCUAUUAACGUUUGUCUAGUCUGUGUUAUCUGAACGUACCAUAUUCUGAAAAGAUUUACAUAAUUUUCAGAGAAAAAUUUGUCGAGGUGAAGAGAAAACGGAGAGAAAUACAAUGGGAGUUAUUUUUCUCGAACACAUUGGAGGCACUCGCUUGUUCUCCUGUGCAUCUUGCGACACUAAUCUCACAAACAGAGGACAGCUGAUCAGUACGCGGUUCACUGGUGCCACUGGACGAGCUUUUUUGUUCAAUAAAGUGGUUAAUUUGAACUACAGUGAAAUUCAAGAUCGCGUAAUGUUAACUGGUAGACACAUGGUGCGUGACGUAAGCUGCAAAAACUGCGACGCCAAACUCGGUUGGGUCUACGAAUACGCUACAGAUGAAAAUCAACGCUACAAAGAGGGUCGCGUUAUCCUGGAACGAGCUCUUGUGACAGAGACGGAUGGAAUGGGAGAGAAUAUAUAAUUUUUGUUGCUUAAGAAAAUACAAAAAAAUGUAUUUUUCAUCCAUUUUAAUAGCAUUUUGCUUGCACCACUUACUGCGUCAGUAAGCUCGCCGCGUUUCUCAGCAACCAAACAAAUUUUUGAAGAGUUUCUCGAUUUUUUGUUCAGUCGGUAAAACAAGUGACAAUGCCAUUGUUAGUUGUCAAAAUUUUUGUUUGGUUUCGGAGAAACGCGGCGAGUUUACUGAUACAGUAAGUGAUGCAAGAAAGACGUUAUAAGAUAGAAAUAAAUUUAUUAACACGGGUGGAGAGAUAGUGUCUAGUGGUAAUUUCAAUUAUGCAUUAUCAUUCAAUACUUGUGGAUCAAUCACGUGACUUUUGUUCAUUAUUAAUCAUGUUUUUUAUGAUUUAUGGAAAAUUAAAGAACUACCUUUUGAGACUGA